CGGCGGAGCGGCGGCCGCGGGCCAUGGGCAAGGAUUACUAUCAGACGCUGGGCCUGGCCCGCGGCGCGUCGGACGAGGAGAUCAAGCGGGCCUACCGCCGUCAGGCGCUGCGCUACCACCCCGACAAGAACAAGGAACCGGGCGCCGAGGAGCGCUUCAAGGAGGUGGCCGAGGCCUACGACGUGCUCAGUGACCCGCGCAAGCGCGACAUUUUCGACCGCUUCGGCGAGGAGGGCCUGAAGGGCGGCGGCCCCAGCGGCGGGGGCGGCGGCGGCGCGAACGGCGCGUCCUUCAGCUACACGUUCCAUGGGGACCCGCACGCCAUGUUCGCCGAGUUCUUUGGCGGCCGAAACCCGUUCGACACGUUCUUCGGGCAGCGCAACGGCGAGGAGGGCAUGGACGUGGACGACCCGCUCUUCCCCGGCUUCCCCAUGGGCGUAGGCGGCUUCCCCACCGUGAACUUCGGCCGCCCCCGGCCCGCCCCGGAGCCCGCGCGCAGGAAGCAGGACCCGCCGGUCACGCACGACCUGCGCGUGUCGCUGGAGGAGAUCUACAGCGGCUGCACCAAGAAGAUGAAAAUCUCGCACAAGCGGCUCGGCCCCGACGGCAAGAGCGUGCGCAACGAGGACAAGAUCCUCACCAUCGAGGUGAAGCGCGGCUGGAAGGAGGGCACCAAGAUCACCUUCCCCAAGGAGGGCGACCAGACCUCCAGCAACAUUCCUGCCGACAUUGUCUUCGUGCUCAAGGACAAGCCACACAAUGUUUUCAAGAGGGACGGCUCUGACGUCAUCUACCCGGCUCGGAUCUCUCUCCGGGAGGCUCUUUGCGGCUGCACCGUGAAUGUGCCCACCCUGGACGGCAGGACCAUCCCGGUCGUGUUCAAAGACGUCAUCCGGCCCGGCAUGCGACGUAAGGUCCCCGGAGAAGGCCUCCCGCUGCCCAAGACGCCCGACAAACGCGGAGACCUCGUCAUCGAGUUCGAGGUGGUGUUCCCCGAGAGAAUCCCGCAGACGUCGAGAACCGUGCUGGAGCAGGUGCUGCCGGUCUAGCCCCAGGUCCCGGCGCGGAGCUCAUGGAUUUGCGGACGGUGGCCCCGUGUGAGGGCGGGAGGGCCCGGGGAGGGCUCCCGCGCUGCUGAAUGUUCCCACAGAAUAUAUUACAAUCUUUCAAAGUCGAGCGCCAGACUUAAGUGGUUCUUCCAGCUGUAGGGCAGCCGGUGGUGGGGAUGACAGUGAAGACCCUGCAGUCUGUCCCGCCGGGUCCUGAGCCGCCUCCUCCAGGCUCUCCCAGGGGCCAGAGGCAGACCGGCCGCUGGACUCGAUCCCUCUGCGGUCCUUUGCUUGCGGCCCUCCGGGGGCGUCCACCUGCCGUCUCUGUCACCAGACCCGCCCGCUCCUCGGCUUCUGCGGUGGGAUCGGUGCGUUUGGUUCUGUUUGUUCCCCCGUCUUGUUCGUGCACUGAAGAAUGUCGUCUCCUGUUUUGUCGUCUCGAGUUGGGAAACCUCGAGUGUGCGCAGAGCUGCCUGCCCGGCGCCGCCCGCGAGCAAUACCUCCAUCCCUGCCGGCCCCAGGCUGGGUGCGCUCAGGGUCCCGCCCUUCUCCUGGCGAUGAGGCGGUGAGGCAUGCCCGGGGCUCAGCAGUGGCCCCGGGACUUUGUCUAGUGGACUUUGGACUCAUUCAGAGGGAUCUGAUCCUUUUGAAUUUGGCACAGCUCUAAAUAUCCCUUUUGAUAAAAGGGUCUUUGCUCCUGAUUACAGGAGCACCGUAGAACGUCUGUAAAUAUGUUUUUAUAAUUCUGUGUAAAAUUGGUGUGCACUUAAGAGAAACCAGUCCCGGUAGCUGCUUCUUGCAUGGAGCCGUGAUGGAGUCCGGAAGGAACGGGGGAGGGGGGGGGGUGGGAGCGCGCCUGUGCCCUGCAGGCUAGUCUGGUGCUCAGACCUUGAGAUUCGUUGUAAGUUGCCACUGCCAACGUGAGCGCGAAGCGUGUGACUUGUCAAUGUGCAGCGCCGCAGCAUUAAAGACUGAUGCCAAACCUCGG